CGUUCCGUCCCCAACCGGACUCCAAAUUGACGAACUCCUCCUCCUCCUCCUCACGCCUUGCCUGCUCUCUCUCCCCGCCCCAUCGCUACCCACCACCUCCGGCGACCCCGCCCACCUCCUCCGCCUCCUCGCGUGGCUGCGGCCUGCACCCAGCGUCCCUCACGGCGACGACGCACGACCCGUUCCGUUCCCCGGUGAGUAACGGAGAGCUCGAGACAUGAGUGGGGGAGUAGAGCCGGAGACCCCGCCGGGUAGCAGCAGCGGCGGGAGCACGCCGGUGGGCGGCAAGCCACCGCGGCACCACCUGACGUCCAUGCGCCACUGCGCGAGCAGCGCCCUCAUCGCCGCGGCCUCCGCAGAAUUUGAGCUGGAUUCGGGGACACUGAGCUUGAUCUCGCCCACAGGCAUCCGUCCGGGCUUCCUGCCUGUGUUUCGGUCGGGGAGCUGCUCGGAUAUGGGGCCCAAAUCGUACAUGGAGGACGAACAUGUCUGUGUCGACAACCUCAUCGAGCAUCUCGGAUUGCGUACUCCAGGCAUGCCUGCACCGGGUGCCUUCUAUGGGGUGUUUGAUGGCCAUGGUGGUACAGAUGCUGCCUGUUUUGUUCGGAAGAAUAUACUGAAGUUCAUAACCGAAGAUUGCCACUUCCCCAACAGCAUGGAGAAGGCAAUCAAAAGUGCAUUCGUAAAGGCUGAUCACGCAAUUGCGGAUUCCCAUUCUCUUGACCGUUAUUCUGGGACGACAGCAUUGACGGUUUUUAUAUUUGGCAGGACAUUGCUUGUUGCGAAUGCCGGUGACUGUCGAGCGGUAUUAGGAAAGCGAGGCCGAGCUGUUGAACUAUCUAGAGACCACAAACCCAGCUGCACGGUUGAAAGGCUCAGAAUUGAAAAGCUUGGUGGCACUGUCUUCGAUGGCUAUCUCAAUGGGCAGCUGUCUGUAGCAAGGGCAAUUGGUGAUUGGCACAUGAAAGGUUCCAAAGGCUCUAUAUGCCCUCUUACUCCGGAACCUGAGUUUCGGGAGGUUAGACUUACCGAAGAAGAUGAGUUUUUGAUAAUAGGCUGUGAUGGCCUUUGGGAUGUGAUGAGCAGCCAGUGUGCCGUGUCAAUGGUAAGGAAAGAGCUGACGGCACACAAUGAUCCACAACGAUGCUCACGAGAGCUUGUCCAAGAAGCACUCAGACGGGACUGCUGUGAUAACCUAACUGCAGUUGUCGUAUGCUUCUCAGCAGACCCACCCCCUCAAAUCGAGGUCCCAAGAUUCCGGGUACGAAGAAGCAUUUCAAUGGAGGGGUUGCACACGCUAAGGGGAGCUCUCGACGAUAAUGUCUGAGCUCUCAAAGUAUGCCUUCCCCUGCAACUUUGUUGUAUGAUGAUUUUCUUCUUUGUUGUUUAUCUGUUAAAGGUUUGCUCUGCUCAUUGAGGUUUGAGCUAUAGGUCUCGGAAUAAGUUUUGUAGAAUUAUUUUGCAAUUUUAUUGAGGUGUAGGCUAAUCAUUUAGUUGAGGCGAUGAUUUAUCUGUACCGGCUGCCAUUUGAUUGUUGAGUGCUCAGUGUAAUCGAGCAAUUAACCGACAUUCUUGUUCAGGUACCAAUGAGAGUUAUAACAGGUUAUCAGUUUUGCUCUGCUUCAGAAUUCCAUUUCUCUGAA